UCCACUCCCCCAGCCUGUGACCGCUCCCUCCGACAAACAUGCCACUGACCGGUCCUGGGUUUUUCAUUUUCAUCGCAGGACAUCGCAUUGUGUUUCAGCGCCUGGGGAUGAAGGGGACGAGAGGAGGAGUGUAGGCUAGCUGGCUCUUUUCCUGGGAGUUAUUGAUCAUUAUUGGUUGCGAAUGAAUUGUGAAGCAGGGUUGCAGGCAGCUACAGAGACUGCACACGAUCGCGGACGAGGAAAAUGGAAGGUGCUCCGGAAUACUCACUGUUUCUCGUUCGGAUACUGGAAGAAUUGGAUGCGAACCGCGGUACAGUUUCCUACCAGGACCUGUGCAAACUGCUGUGUGCCCGCUUUGAUUUAACCCACCUGGCGAAGCUGAGGAGCCUUCUGUUCUACACCGCCUGCCUGGAUCCCAAUUUCCCGGCCACUCUCUUCAAAGAGAAACUGCGGUGCAAUGUGGACAACACACAGUCCAAGAAGAUCAUGAUUGCCGCCGACAUCGUGACCAUGUUUAACCUGAUUCAGAUGAACGGCGGGGUGGCGAAGGAAAGGCUGCCUCACCGGCACCAGCAGAAGGUGAGGAAGAACGAAUCCUUUGAGUCGUGUCGAUCAGACACUGAGAUCUGUCGGAUCCGCUCCCCUGUCUAUGCCUGCAGCCACGACCCGGCCAGCAGUGAACACGGCGCUUCCAGGCGUCCUAACAGCUCCCCGGCGUCCGACUGCAAGGACUGCCAGCGCUUCAUCUGCACUUCCGACCCCAAUUUUUUCCUCGGGAUCAGGAAUGAAGGGACAGCGGGAAAUAACGGCAGGACCACGUCCCUGGACAGGUUACAGGCUUCCCCGACUUUCAACGGGAUCGACCCCCAGGACUGCGUCAUGCAGUCCACAUAUUUCCCUAUGGAUCCGGGUCAGGAAUCCAACUCGGACCAAGACUCCCCUAGCAGGAAGGCAGACAGGAAUGGGACCUUUGAUUCCAGCGACGAAGCGUUCACCAUCAGCCCCUGUGCCGAGGCCACGUCGGUAUUCAACGGCGAGCUCCAGGACAUGCUUCCUUGUGUGGGAAAGUUGGUCUCGAUGGACAAGGAGUCGGAAGAUGAGGACAAUGAGCCGCACAUCCCAAACAACUCGUCGAGGUUCUCAACUUUUUUCAGUAACAGCUUUGAGAUGCCCUACAGUAAUCCGUACUGCGAUACCAUCCCGUCCAGUAAUCACGAGAAAAGAUACGUCAAGCAUGAAAGUUUGGACGACCUACAAGGGACCACUUACUUUGGCCCAAGCACCAUAUCACAGGAGCCCCAGAACCUGACCAAGCAGAGCAAGCCGGCUUCCUGGCUCCUGAAGAGUUGGAGCCUCAACACCGAGCAGGCAGAGGACGGGGAGAAGUAUUUUGGGGGCGGGAAGCGUCCUGGGAUGGGUCACCAGUACCAGGGCAGCACCAAGGAGGAACUGGUGGCCGAGGCGCGCCAGCGACAGGCGGCGGCGGCGGCCGAAGCUAUCAGCACCAUGGACAGGGCUCAGACCUACUUCCAACAGGCGGACGAUAGCGUGCACUUCCCGCCGGCCGCCGCCGAGCCCGCCCCCCACUCCAACCCCAGGAAAAUAAAGGAGAAGGGUUGCAAGGCACCGAGCUUGGAGCAGACGGCUAGUGUGGGCACUCAGACGGAGCAGGGCAGCCGGGGCAGGGGGCAGGCGACCGGCCGGUGUCCCCGCCCCAAGCCCGGCGAGAAGGCGGCCGUCCGGCAGUCAGACGAGGACUCAGAGGGUCUGAGCGACGACAUCAGCGACAUUUUCAGGUUUCUGGAUGAUAUGAGUGUUAGCGGCUCGACGGGUCUCCUACAGUCCUGCUACAACAGCAGCGGCUCUCUGUCCCGGCUCCCCAAGGCAGACGGCGGCAGUCCCGAGAAGACUCCGGCCAAAGGAGGGGGUCCUCAAACUGAGACGGUCCAGGGGCACCGUCCCAACCAGCCAGCCGAUGAAGAGCUGAAGGCCAGUGUGUGCAAGCUGGUGCUGAGGGUGGGCGAGAUUGAGAAGAAGCUGGAGACUCUGUCCGGGGUCCGGGACGAGAUUUCCCAGGUCCUGGCUAAACUCAAUCACCUCGACCAGAAGAUCCAGGAGCCGGCAGCAGAGAAAGUCUCCCCCGACAGCAAUGCGGACAGUCUCCGCGUCAAAGCCCUGAGGAAAAGUUUGUUUGUACGGAGAUCCUCCAAGUCCCUGACCGAGGAGAACAGUGCGACCGAGUCCAAGAUCGCCAGUAUCGCCAACUCGCCCCGGGACUGGCGGGCGCUAGGCUGCGCCGGCGAGACGGGCCAGAGCAAACGCCAGGGCACCGCGGACAGCAAGGAUUGGCAGCGCAAACACAGAGAGGCAGAUCGUCACUGCAUCAUCUCACAAUCACAUCGGCCAUCAAAGCCCGGGAAAGAUUCCCUUUUAAUUGAACAAGUCUUCAGCCCUCAUGUGUACCCCAAUUCCAUGAAAUCCCACAUGAAGAAUAACCCUCUGUACACAGAUCUCCGGCUGACUGAGGUCCUGGAGCAGAAGCAGCCUCAGCCAUCAUGGGCUAUUGAGGAGUACAACAGGAACACCAGUGAAAAGAAUCAAGAAUCUUUGAAUCCUAAUAACUUAGAAUACUGGAUGGAGGAUAUUUACACCCCAGGAUACGACUCCUUGCUGAAACGGAAAGAGGCAGAAUUCAGGAGGGCAAAAAUCUGUAAGAUCGCUGCCUUAAUUGUAGCAGCAGUCUGCACUGUGGUUUUGGUCAUUGUGGUCCCAAUUUGCACUAUGAAAUCCUAAUGCUUUUAUAAUACUUGUAUCAAAGAGUCUGAAUAAAUGUCAAAAGUCUCAGAUCAGUACGUGCAUUUGGGACUGAUAUUUAUCACUGUUUUGACCUUCUGUGUGCUCUAUAAAUGGGUUCACAGGAUCAGACCCUAAGGUUUUAAUCUUCACCAGUGAGCAACAAGUUAAAAUGUUUGCAUAAUCUUCCUCUGUGCAGUGUUUUACUUCAAUUACUGAAAACAUACAGACAGAUGACUCCAUCAAACAAUGUAUGCCAGCACUGUGCUGGAAGGAGUUACCCAGUCUGCAGGCUGAGUGUCAAAAUGUUUAUGGGAUGUUAAAAUGAACCUGAUGAAAGUGAAACAGGUUACUGGAAAAAUAACAAAGUGCUGAUAACUGCGACAUAUAGCAGUGUUUGAGCUCAGUUAUGAUUUGGCACCAGAAUUUAAAGCAGAAUGUAUUUGGCUGCCUUUUGCUUGUUCUGCAAAUGUUAGGAAUUGAAGCAGAGCCUCCAUAUUUCAUAUUUAUCUUUUCUGGGUAUUUCUUCUGAUGAUGGGAGUUGAGUUGACCUGCCCUGGUGGGAGCAGCCCCUACAAACCUCAGUGUGGACUAACCACCAUUCUCCACAGGCUGAUCUUGAAGGACAAUAAAGUGCAGUCACUCUGCAGCUCACUUCCCAUGAUGAUGGGGCAUGAGGCCGGGAUUUAUUUGGUUUCCAGAACUGUGCAUCAACCACAGACACACCUGGUUUAAGUGCUAAUGGAGUUAGACUUCAUGGGGCCAGUUUGUGCACAUUAGUGAAAACAGUGGACCUGUCACACAGAGAGAAAUUAAUCUGACAAUAAAACCAUUAAAUUGUGUUCCCUCUUGCCAGACCAUUACAUUCCACUGGUAAUAGCUGCAAAGGAACAGAACUGUUUGUUAUACACCCCCGAUAUCCAGACAUACUGAACUUGUUGAGGUGGACAUAAAACAGGACUUGUUACCUGCUCUUUCAGAUUGUUAUGGCACCUGAGGUACCUGGGAGUGUGGCUGUACCUGGGAGAGUAGCUGGUACCUGGGAGUGUAGCUGGUACCUGGGAGUGUAGCUGGUACCUGGACAAACCCGAGACCUGCUGGGUCCAAGGUUCUGUUUCCGUUACCAAUGAAACUUAAGCAAAGGUGAAGUGAAAACGGAAAGGAUGAAAACCAAUGAAUUAGAGACACAUUAAAUAAAAACAAAUAAAUGGAGAGAAAGGCUAAAUUAAAAUAAUUAAGGGGGAAAAGGAAAAGGAAACUAUAUGAUAGAAGAUUAUAGGCUGAAUUCAGUGUGCUGCAGUCCCAUGCCACCCGUGCUCACGUGGUUUGGGAGCAGUGCACCAGGCAAGCUGACCUCCACACCCGAGGGUGAGCUCCUGCGAGAUGCAGCGAAGCCACGCGCCCUCCCUCCAUCCCUCCUCACCCUCCUAGAUGCCCCGAGAGCCUCAGACUGGAAGCAAGGCCGGAGCAAAGCCUCGUCUCCUGCCAACAUGUCGGGGCUUUGUAACAGUUUUUAAACAAGUUCACAGAUAUGUUAAAAAUAUUAUGGCUUAGAGGGAUAUAGGCCAAAAGCCGGGCAAGUGAGACUAGUUUAGAUUGGCAUCUUGGUCGGCAUGGAUGAGUUGGGCCAAAGGGCCUGUUUCCGUGCUGUGUGACUCUAUGAUUGCUAUAAAUAAUCUUUUUAAUAGAAAGUUUAAUAAAGAGUAAAAUCAAAACAUAUUAAAACCCUAAUAAAUGACUAAAAAAGAAGGAUGUCAAAUAAAUGACUUAACUGGGCUUUUACUUGAUCUUCCUGUUGGGGAUCCUGAUUUAAACUGAACAGCGACUCCACCCCCGCACCAGGUCUGACACUGGUCGGCGACCUCAGCAGCUUCAGCCUCUGCCUUUUGGUUCCUCGGUGCAGUCUGGUCCACGGUGACAAGCAGCAGAGUGGCUGAGCUUGUAGAGCCACUGCAAGCAACCCAGGUUCAAUCUUGGCCUCGGAUGCUGCCUGUGUGGAGUUUGCACGAUCUCCCUGUGACAGCAUGGGUUUCCUCUGGAUGCUCUGGUUCCCUCCCACAUCCCAAAGGCAUGCAGAUUGGUAGGUUACUCGGCCAGUGUAACUUACCCCUAGAGUGGCAGGAUCUAGGAGAAGUUUAUUAGUGUAAGAUUGGUGUAAAUUGGUGGUUGAUGGUCGGCACAGAUUGAUGGGCUGAAGGGCCUGUGUAUCUGCUGUAUCUCCCCAUGACUACUUGACUCUAUGACUCUAUUUCCUGGAAUGGGUGGAGCAACCAGAGGAGAACUGGUGGGGCAACUGUAACAAAGUGUGUCCGUUCCUCCUGCCAUUAAAGUUAAGGACAGAAGGAUAGUCCAUUGGUUACAUUCGGGCUGCUCCAGCAUUCCCACAUUUUGUCCGUGCCAGUACUCUUAACUUCCACUGACUGGUCCAGGCAACAUCCACCAUUUGGCCAUAAAAUUAUGGGGAGAGUACUAGAAUUUCCAGAAUCUGCUGCAGGAAGUAUGAGAACAAAAGGACCAUGGAAACGUAGAACCUGAGGAAUAUAAGAAUAACUGAAUAGAAGAAACAAGUCCAGUUGGUUCGACUUGCACUGUCCUGGUGAUCAUGAGUUUCAAGGAUAAAAGGCAAGCUGACCAAAGCUGGCAAUUACUCUUCAUCGGUCAGUCUACAACUGAGUUGGGACCGACAGGAGAGCUUUGGUAACCUCUUGACCCAAGGACUAAAGUCAUCCUUUAUCACCUGGACAUCCCACCUGAAAUACGUCAGUUCUGAGUCCUAUCUCAUUUAUGACUGGAUCAACGUGACAUGGAGAGGGAGACUUCAUGUCAUCAGUACGGGGUUUGUGAAAUUGCCCCUUUAAUAUGUGCAAACACAGAAUAAAUGCAUACGUCAUAAUUAUUGAUCAUUAGCUGUGAACUAUAAAGUGUGUUCGGUCCUGCAAUCCCACAUGUGAAAACUGUGAUCUAUUACAAUUAAAAUGAAUAAUUUUGUAUAUAAUCAUAAAAUAAACAGCUGAAUGUAAUAUCACUUUGGGCAUUAAAGUGUAUAAAAUUAU